AAGAUGGGGGGUGGGAGGAGGUAGGUGGGAGGGAGGGAGAUGGGGAUGGAGGGAGGGAGGUGCGGGGGUGGGGUGGUGAUGUGUGAGUAGUAGCGGGUCCUCUCUCGCCUCAAUGUUGCGGCCAGAUCGCUACAAUCCUGGAGGGAGCCGGGUCGAAUGAGAUAUUGGGGUUCCCACAAUAAUACCGGGGACAGACAGACAGACAAACAGACACACAGACGGAUGGACGGAGAUAGGCAAGUGUUCCGAUAAAACGCGACACCAUAACCGGAGUAUUAGUAUCUUAUUUCCGUUGUUAUUUUGAGCAUUUUUAGUUAUUUAUUUAACCGCUCGUAUUUAUUUAUUUAUCUAUCGAUUGAUUACGUUUUAAUUACUGCCUUGUGACAGCCAGCGAGGGAGGAGGAGCGUCAGGGCCAAGCGUGCGUUGUGUUUCAGUGUGUGUGUGUGUUUAGCCAUUUUUCGCCACACUUGUUUGUAUUUAUUUUAUUUGUUGAUGAUAGCCUUUAAUGAGGCUGUUUUGAAUGUGCUCGCGACGCGAUCUGCUGCUUUGCUUUUGCAGCGGCUGAAUGUCUUCUAUAGCCUUCAUGCAAAAAGAGAAAGGAGCUAGAGACCAAAUACAAUAGAUCAAACCAAAUACUACAGAAAUCCAAAUAAGACUUUCUAACUCUGCUGGCCUUUUACACUGUCUUGUUUGUAGCCUAUGUGUCAUUAUUUAUUGUGCCGUUUUUAAAUUUCAAAAUACCAAAGCUAAGCCCGGCCGGUGUGAGCUACAGGAGGCUAGCGACUGUUCCCAUGCCUUUUCACACCUAUAGAAACAUUAGUGAGGAGUGAGAGGAUCAAAUAAGCUCUCAAUGUUUACUCAAGGAGAAGGUUUUAAAGGUAACAGAGACGCAGGUGCAUCCACGACUCACAGCCUUUUAUUCUAAAGCCGCUACAAUAGGCCUGUAAUUGUAACACAACUUUUCCUGUACAAGCGAUCUCCGCUCGAUCCGUCUGUGUGUCAGUCUGGACUGUGAAGCUAAACUGCUGCACUCAAGGGGACCAUCCUACACAUAUGUUCUAUGCACAUUUACACCAAAACUAAUGCCGGCCACCAGUCGACAUCCACACAUGUAAAUAAAAGGGCGCAGCUGGGCUACAUGUGUACACACCUAACGGCAAAUGUUGUGAGCUCUCCAUACCAAAAAUAUCCCCAAAGCUGUGCACCAGAGAAACGGACGAAGACAACAGAGCUCCAGAAGAGGACAGAGCUGGUACUUCUGUCAGAUUAUUUGCAUCAAAACAAGAAGGAAGAUCAUGUUUGUCCCCUUGCCGGUGCCGUUCGUGUUUCAGAGAAGUGCUGCUGACCUGGCCGCCUGGCGCCUCAAGUCUCCUCAGGCUCUCCGCUCCAACUCCGAUAUCAGGAUGUCAAAGCCAGCAGAGGUCGAGAAAGUCGGGGCCAACUCUCCGAUGGAGGGCGCAGCUCAGCAGCAGCUUCUCCUCCAGCAGGCUCAGGCUCAGCUCCUAGCAGCAGCCGUGCAGCAGUCCUCUGCAGCGCAUGCCGCUCACGUUGCCCACGCAGCAGCCAAUCAGCAAGCUCAGGCCGCCGCAGCAGCAGCCAAUCAUCAUCAGGCCCAGCAGCAGCAUCAGGCCCAGUCUCAGGCCCAGUCUCAGUCCCAGGGACAGAGCACACAGGACCAGACAGCCCAAAGCAUCCAGCCCCCCCAGCUCAAUCUCUCUCAGCCAAUCCAGCUCACCGCCCAGGACAUCCAGCAGCUGCUCCAGCUCCAGCAGCUGGUGUUGGUGCCCGGUCACUCUCUGCCCUCUCCGGCACAGUACCUCCUCCAACAGCCACAGCAGGGCCAAGGACUCCUAUCGCCACAAAAUCUCCUUUCGCUACCUCAUCAAAACCAAGGGAGCCUGCUGUGUGCUUCGAGCAGAAUGGGACUCCAAGCACAGCGGGAUAAGAGUAUGGAGGUGAGCGGCGUGACCGCGGCGCCCUCAGUGACGACCCCUCACCCCGAGGAGCCCAGCGACCUGGAGGAACUGGAGGUGUUUGCCCGCACUUUCAAACAGAGACGCAUCAAACUGGGCUUCACACAGGGAGAUGUGGGUAUGGCCAUGGGGAAGCUGUACGGCAAUGACUUCAGUCAGACCACCAUCUCCCGCUUCGAAGCCCUCAACCUGAGCUUUAAGAACAUGUGCAAGCUGAAGCCACUGCUGGAGAAGUGGCUCAAUGAUGCAGAGACCAUGUCUUUAGACUGCACCAUGCCCAGCCCCAGCUCCCUGUCCUCUUCCUCGAUGGGCUUUGACGGGAUGCCUGGCCGCCGCAGGAAGAAGAGAACCAGCAUCGAGACGAAUGUACGCGUGGCUCUGGAGCGCGCAUUCAUGACGCAGAACCAGAAGCCUACCUCAGAAGAGGUCCUGAUGAUCUCAGAGCAGCUGAGCAUGGAGAAGGAGGUGAUCCGGGUCUGGUUCUGCAACCGCCGGCAGAAAGAGAAACGCAUCAACCCCUGCAGUUCCACCCCGCCCCUGCCCAGCCAGCCCCCCUCUGCCCCCCAAAUGCACAAACAGCCCUGCUACAGCCCUCACAUGAUGUCCAGCCAGCUGUCCCAGGCCGUGACCAAUCUCAGCACAACGGUGACCACCAUGUCCCCCGGCUGCCCCCUGACCUCCAGCCUGAUCUCCAGCCACCCCUCUCUAAGCUCCACCCACCCCUCCCUAAGCUCCGCCCCCUCCCCGGUGACCCCCCCUCCCCGCAGCACGGUCAGCCCCGCCAUCCCCAUCCCCAGCCACAGCACACUCAACCUCAACACAGGCUUAUGGCGUAUGGGUAAAAAGAACGGUGACGUGUCUAACUACAUCACUGAUUUUGCUGCAAACUUGAGGAACACUGUGAUGGGAGUUAACACAGGGAUGAACCAAGCCCUCCUCGCCCUAGCAGCCAGUGGUGGCCAGCUGCCUCUUUCCAGUCUUGAAGGGGCCAGUAAGCUGAUGCUGGGGGGGGGGCCACGGGGGCCUGCCCUCCUCCCUCUUCCUGAACCACCCGGCUCUGCUCCACAUGAGCCAGAACCCCGGACUCUUCAGCGCCGUAGCCAAAGCCUCCCAAGCCUUCCCAUUGGCCAGCAGCAUCAGCCCCACCCCCUGCUCCCCCUCCCCCUGCUCAAGCCCUGCCUCUUCCUGUUCCUCCAGCGAAAUGGCACACAGCCCGACCUCUCUGGGCGGGGCCAAGAUUGAGUGACCGCGCCAAAUGGCCAAUCAGAGAGGAGGAGGAGGAAGGAGGAAACGGAAACCUCGCCUUUCACACCAAAGCUAUCUCUUUCUCUCUCUUGUGCUCUUCUUCCGAUAUUUUUCUCGCAAUGGUUCUCUCUCUCGUUCUCUCCCAGUCUUUCGAUGCCAAAAAUACACAGAAUGAAAGAGGAGAGAGGGAGGGAGGGAAGAAGUGAAAGAGGGGAGAAGGGGGGGAAAGGGGAAGAUUGAAACCAAAAAUCUUUAUCUAUCCAAACAGACGGAGAGGAGGCAACGUGGGACCUUUUUGUCAAAAACACGUGAUAUCGACAUCUCUUUCUCUCUAAAGGAAAACAAACCAAUGACUCUUUAACAGAGAAGCAUGUCGAAGCGCAUAAACCAAAAAUGACAAAAGAUAACUUUACUAUGUGACAAAGGAAUGGCGGCAAGGACAACAAAAGAUGGAGGGGAGGACUGUGCUUACGUUUUCCCUUUUUUUAUUAUUUCGAAAAGCUGCGGGUCUGAAGGAAGAGGAGAAGGGAGGAGAAGUUUAAACCAAAAAUGAACCUGAGGAGGAAGAAUACACAAUGACAAAAAAAAAAAAACGACAACCAUACCAAAAUCCCAAAUACCAAAAACCAAAAAUACGGAGAGAAAAGCUUUAUUCAAAGGACGUGUAAAUACUGAAGCUAUCCAGGACCAGGACUACUGCUACACACACACACACACACACACACCAAUCCAUCCCACCAUCGAUCAUCCUGUCUGUCAGCUCACGUGUCUCUCUUCAUGCUAGAUAUAUAUUGAAUCAUUUUGUAAAGAGUGUUACUGAGCGAGUCCAGACGUUGUGUUUGAGUGAUCGCCGUCUUAGUCUCUGUACCUACCUCUGGUUCCAAGAGCAUAGGAUAGCUUUCUUCUUUGACAGAGGCUUAGUGUGUUUGUUUUUUUACACUUUUGAGAGUUGGGAUUGAAUUAUUUAUUAGUGUCAUUUCCCAUCCAACUCCUAUUUAUUGUUGCCGCUUCUUUUGUAGCGUUUGAAUCUUCAUCAGUGUCAUCAUCAUCAUCUUCAUCAUGUGUUUAUUUCUUUUGAGUGUGACUAUUCUGCAGAAACAGCGGUGAAGAGAAGCUCACCAAGUGCCAUAGAUCCAAAAAUAGAGUUGAUUUCAAGGUGUGACUGAAUUGAUUAAGACCUAAACAUUUAGCGCUCUUAAUCACACCACUCUUAAAGAUAACCCCAUUACCAGAGCCUCCGUGACUAAAUGAACAUGCCCUGGAAAACUUCACACUCUGAAAAAAGACGUUUGUUAGCGGUGAAAGUAUGAAAUGGGGCUCUGAUUGGACAUUUAAAAGGUAAUAACCAUUGAGACUGAAGAAUAAAUAAGUCACUAAAGGCAAGUUUAGUCACAGUCCUGCCACACACCUGUCUGUCUA